UCUCCUCCCCUUUUCUCUCUGUUCAUUCAGAGCUCAGUCGAUCAGGACAUCACAUCUUUGUCUCUGUCUUUGUCCAUCACUCUGUCAUUUAUUCAUUCAUUCAUCCUCUCUCUCUCUGUAAAUGUGAAUCAUGUCCAGUCUCAGUUUUCUGUCUGUUUAUCUCAGUGGAGCCUCAGUGAUCCUGCUGCUGACUGCUGCUGCGUCUCAGGCUCAGGACUACGACUUCACUCCACCUACGGACUAUGACUCUGACUACAAUGCUACCUUCGAGUACAGUUUCUACAGUAACACCAGCAGCGAGGACCUGGAAAAGUUCAGCGAACGAUUCAUCGACCAGGAAGGGGAGGAGGAUGCGACUGUUACCAUGACAACCACCCAAGGACCCACAGAGAAGGGAGGGGCCAAAGUUAAUAAUGCUGCAUCACUUCCUGUUUCUCUGGAAAUCAGGAUGCUCAUCUGGAGUCUGAUGAUCCUGAUCAGUCUGAACCUGCAGCAGAUACAGGACUCACUAUGAGACUGGACACACACACACUCAGCAGCUGCUGCUGGGUGUGUUUGAUGCUACAGAAACCAGCGAGGGUCACCUGACCUAAGGCGGGAGGGGUCAGUGUCACCUCUGUGACCUUUGACCUCAGCACAAAGAAACUCCUCCUGUCUGUCACCUUGGCGUGGGACCAAGUGAAGCUCGGCCAAUCACAAACCUUUAUUUGCACCUCAGUUCACUGCAGAACUUUUCUUAUAGAUAUAAAAAAAAAAUUAUCACAUUUUCACAGUUUCACUUUUUAUCAGAAUGUUGGAGAAACAGAAGUACGGAGGCCCAGAGGGGUCAUGAAGAGAAAAUCAGAGAUCAGAGAUAACUGUGUCUGUAAACUAUAAAAUAAAUGACUAAUGUAUUAUCUCCUGAACAUUAAUCAAAACAUGACAACAAAUUAUAUCAAAAUAUAAUUUUCUGUAAUAACAUGGUCUCAGUAUAUAUUUUUUUCUCUGACCACUCUGGGCCACUGUACAGAACAGAUCCUACAUAAUAUUAUUUUUCAUAUGGUGGGUCAUCUGUAUGAGUAUGAAAGCUUAUUAAUGCCAAAACUGUUGAGUGAGAGCAAAGAAAAAUCAGGAUUCAGCUCACCUGUGGAGAGACUUCAAGACCUGAUCCGAGGGCACAGCCAGACUGGAGUGGACCAGGACCAGAUCCAAGAUGUAGUUGACCUGAACAGAGAGACAAACAAUCAAUUAAAAAGCAGUGUAAGAAUAAAUUUGACGUCAUAGAAAUCAAAAUAAUUAUCUUUUUUCUUUCAAAGACAGAUUUAUAUAAAUAAAGUCCAACAAUAAAAAUUUAACUGUGAAUUAUCUUAUCUUAUCUGACCUGUUCAAUGUCAGAGUCUUAGAAACUCUGAUUUAUCUCGCCAACGACUCUGAACUCUUUCACUGUGACCUGUUAUAAACUGUAACCAUGGCAACAGUGAUGAGUGAUGUGGACACCUCAGUGAGUUAAUUAAAAUUAGAUUUUUGUACUUUUAAAUAUACAUUUCCCUCUUUGUUCUGUUGCCACUGAUUAUGCUGAAAAAUGAUUUAAUUCUGUCAUGAAUGAACUUCCAUAUUUCAAGUCCUGUAACUGAGAGAGCUGUGAAUGUUUUCUGUGGAAAAACAUCAAAUGUUAAGAGAUUAUAUUUUUAAUCUGAUGAGGAUGAAAAUCUUAUUUUUUAAAAAUAAUAAAAACACUUUUGUACAGAUAAAUCCUGUAAAUUUGACAGAAAUCAGAAUCUAGUUUCUGAAUCAAAUGAGCAGCAUUUGUUCUAAGGAAAAAGAAAAAUGAGGUCCGAUAAUUUAACAAAUAGCUCUUUAGCUGUUUGAGUCAUGAGACAAAUAAAAUCUUGUUUGUUAUUCAAAUAUUUGAAUGUUGGAAACAUUUUGGGAAAAAAACAUUAAAGCUAAAAAUUAAACACAGGAAAUAACAGAAACAACCUUCAGCAGAUUUCUGUACUUUGUUUCAUAUCUGUUUGUGUUUUUCAAUAAAAUGUGUUAAAAGUU